CUUAGAGAUCCAGGUAAGGUAAUGCUUUAGAUGGACCAAAAGUAUGUAGCUAAUGCUAGCUAACCCUUUGUAGCUAACACUGCUAACUAGCUAACAUGAUCAGCUGAAAAACUCGUGUGAGCUCAUUACCAAAAAAAGGACCACGAAGGCACGCUUUUCACAAAUCGAAGGCACCAUUUUCACAAAUCAGUAUGAGCCAAGUUUCACGUGUUUAUAGUGUUAUAACCUGGAUAUCAAGCAGUUGAAUGGGUGAGUGGGCAAAGCCACACGUUAGGCGAAAAUGCUAACGCCAUCAGGUAAUGGGAGGUGAGUACAAUAAGUAAGGAAAAGAAGCUUCAGUGUUGUUGUACUUCACCUUCUUAAGCACUAGAGCACCAAUCUUCACUAAUGCACCUUUAAUGCACAUGUACAAAACAGAAACAUAUAAAUGAAGUGCGAAGUAAUUGUAACAUUUUGUCCAAUCAAUAUCAUAUUGAAUUUGUGUUUUAUAAAUCCCUCAGAGAAAGUCCAAGAUUUCCUCAGGACGUCGGCUUGGGUUGAAGAUCAAGAUGCUAAACACAGCCCAGGAGAUGCUGAUAGUAGAGAAGGAAGAAAAGAAGAAAGAGAAAGAGGUCACACUGAGUGAGAGGGUUCCACCUCUAAAGCUCUCGGGUCUGUCUGUCCAGGAACUGCAGGAUCUUUGCAGGGAUCUCCAUCACAAGAUUGAUGUCAUUGAUGAGGAGCGCUAUGACUUUGGAGUUAAAGUGUCCAAAAAUGACAAAGAGAUACAGGAAAUGACCCGGAAGAUCAUCGAGAUGAAAGGCAAGAUGAAGAGGCCUACGCUGAAGAGAGUGAGGAUCUCGGCCGAGGCUAUGCUCAGUGUCCUCCUGGGUGCCAAACACAAAGAGUCCAUCGACUUCAAAGCCAAUCUGAAAACAGUGAAGAAGGAGGAGGAGAAGAAAGAGGAGGUGACUGACUGGCGUAAGAACGUGGAGGCCAUGUCUGGUAUGGAGGGCAGGAAGAAGCUGUUCGAUGCUGGUCAAUAAAAGGUCACUGAUGAACUCCAUAUUUGGUGACAGAGAGCUAAAUGAAGAGGACGCUAGAAAAAAAAUACUUAAAAGGUUUCAUCAAAAUUAGAGUUUGAAGAGCUUACUUCAAUAGAAGUACUGACUUCUAUUGUGAUGUGAAAUAACAUUAUGAAUGAAUGCCUUAUUUUCUAAGGCAUGCUUUUAGAGAAUAGCAUGGUUGCAUAAUUAUUUGUAUAAGCAUGCUAUAUAACUAAGUGUUGGAAUUGUAUAUAUAGAUGUAUUAAAAGUAGAAAUUCAUAUGUGUGUGCUGCUAUAGCAUCUGAUAUUCUUGUAUUCUUUGAAAACUAGACACUGCAGUUCCUGUUUCAACCUAAUGAUGGUGGUCUAAACCCACUGAGUAAAUCCAGCAGUGUGUUAGAGUCUGGUGUCUGUCAAUGCUCUGUUAAGAAGAUAAACUAGAAGUAAUUGAACAAUUUGAGCUUUUAAUUUGGUUAGAAAUUAAUAUUAAUACUUCUCAUAACAUUGAAUUUAAUGUUUAAGACUAAAGCGAAUUGUGUAACUAACUUUGCAAUUAAAAUCUCCUGCUUUUA